AUGGCACGAGAUGAUCGCUCCCACGAGUUUACCGGUGUUUUGGGGUUCUUCAUCGCCGUGUGUACUGUUCUAGUGCUACUUCGCUGCUACUGCAAGAUUGUCAUCGUCAAGAACUUCGCCGUCGAUGAUUACCUUUCUGUGCUUGCCCUGGUUUCUUUCCUUGUCUAUUCCAGCCUGGCCCUGAUGGGUAUUCAGAAUGGUACUGGAAAAAGAAGAUACCUUAUUCCCGACGAGAAGUACCCUAAUGGCAUGAAGUUCAGAGGCGGCCACGGAAAGUGCAUGAAGAGCGAAAUCAUCGUUGGCUCAUUUUACGGUUACUCGGCGUUGAGCUGCGUGUCUGAUUGGAUCUUCAGUAUCGUUCCAAUCUUCAUCGUUCAAGGAUUGCAGAUGGACCGACGGAAGAAGAUCUCAGUGGCCAUCAUCCUGGCAUUUUGUGCCCUCGGUUCCACUGCCACAAUAAUUCGAAUCCCGUUCAUCAAGGGACUCAAGGACUCGAAUGAUUUCCUUUAUUCCACCACCGACGUCGCUAUCUGGUCGACAUGUGAGACAGGCAUCGGCCUAGCCACAUCUGCAGCUGCCACUUUGAGGCCUCUCCUCCGAAAGGUCUUUGGCGAUCUUUCUGUUGCUGACACUUCGACCCGGAAGAAAUCUCGAGACUGGACUGGGAGAUACCCUUCGCGAUCCGGCUAUCUCACCCAGCCCAGCCAGGGCGAUGACAACGACAUCGCGCUCGAAGACCGAGCUUUUACUAGGAUCCAUAUCGGCAGUGGUGGGGACUUGAGUCCGUCUAACAGCACAGCCGGACUGACGGAUUGGGAGCGCGAGAAGGAUCCAGCGGAGAAGAACGUCACUGAGUUGAUCCCAACAAACGGAGGCAUCAUGAAGACAGUGAAGAUUACUCAGUCAUAA